AUGGCCAACUACCUCGCCUCCAUCUUCGGUACCGAGCAGGACAAGGUCAAUUGCUCCUUCUACUACAAGAUUGGCGCCUGCCGUCACGGCGACCGCUGCUCCAGGAAACACGUCAAGCCGUCGUACUCGCAGACUAUCCUGCUGCCCAACCUCUACCAGAACCCGGCGUACGACCCCAAGAACAAGAUGAACCCGCAGCAGAUGCAGAUGCACUUUGAUGCAUUUUACGAGGACAUCUGGUGCGAGCUGUGCCAGUAUGGACUUGUUGAGGAGUUGGUUGUUUGCGACAACAACAAUGACCAUCUCAUCGGCAAUGUCUACGUCCGAUUCAAGUACGAAGAAGACGCGCAAAAAGCCUGCGACGCCCUCAACUCGCGCUGGUAUGCUGGUCGUCCCAUCUACUGCGAACUCUCGCCCGUGACCGAUUUCCGCGAAGCCUGCUGUCGUCUGAACAGUGGCGAAGGCUGCGUCCGCGGCGGCUUCUGCAACUUUAUUCAUCGCAAGGAACCAACGGCCGAGCUGGACAGAGAGCUGGACAUGUGCACGCGCAAGUGGUUGAAGGAGCGUGGCAGGGACGCGAGGAGCAUGUCAAGGAGUCCUACACCGCCUGCGACGAAGAACAGGUUCUAG